AUGUCCGACGGCAAUCAGAUAGUUCCAUUAGCACCAGCUAAUUCUUACCAGAGAAGCGACGAAGAGUAUGCCACGAUACAACACAAAGCGUUACGGCAAAAAAGAAGUGGCAAAUGUUUUUUUUAUUCUCUUGCUUUGAUUGUCAUCCUGAGUGCAAUCAUCCUAGUUUUUGCAAUAAUUGUGAAGCCAAGAACUCCGCGUGUUAAAUUAAGCUCGGUUGCCGUCGAACAUCUAAGUUACGGUAACAAUCCAAUCCCUUCAUUCAACAUGACACUAGCAGCCGAGGUGAGUGUCAAGAACUCAAAUUUUGUUCGCUUCAAAUUUGAGAAUACUAGUUCUAGUGCUCUGUACAAGGGCAUGGUAGUUGGUGAAGCAAAAUUGAGGAGCGGGCGGGUCGGAGCUAGAAAAACAAGGAGGAUGAAUAUUGUUGUGAAAAUCAGGUCAUCAGGCAGUCUGUCUGAAGCUAAGAACCUAAGUAGUGAUAUUAAUUCUGGGAUGUUGAAGAUGAACAACUACGCCAAGUUGAAAGGAGACGUCCGUUUGUUUGGAAUUGUGAAGAACAGGACUGCAGUAAUGAGUUGUGGAAUGAAUCUUAAUUUGAGUAGCCGCUCAAUCCAAGAUUUGGAGUGCAGCUAG